AUGGUUGGGGACGGUGUGAUUGGUACUGGUUUGGUAGUUGUUAGAAUUGUAGCAUUGGGUACGGACUGGGAUCUGGUUCAAGGGGAAGGUCUGGAUACACGUUUGGAUGGAGUCUGGGGGGUGGUUUGCUGGUCCAAAAACGCACAGAAGGAAGAAAGGUUGGCGGAUCCUGGAUCACGUGGUGAAGAUUCAGAUGGUGUGGAAGGGGAAGACGAGUCUGAAAGUGAAAAGAGAAGGGGAUUGCCCUCUCUACGAGAGCGUUUACCUAUGUCUGCUGGACUAGGAGUAGGUGAACUUCGGGCUCGUUUAGGGGUUUGGUUCGACAGCGUGGUGGUUCUAGAUGGUGCAGGUGUAGUGUCCAUUUCAGUUGGUAGAGAUAUGGUUACUCUGGUUUUUGUUUCGUUGAUUGUUUGGUAA